AUGCGCAAGACAGGUGCGCGUGUCCCCCCUGCUUUGCACCCCGAGCCCACUAAAACUACGCGCUGCGAGAAAGCGCCGCCUGUGUAUGAUAUGCAUGGCAAGCAGCGUCCUCUGGUGCAGUAUGCCAUCAUGAUGGAUGCUGGCAGUACGGGCAGCCGUAUUCAUGUGUACAAGUUUAAUUACUGCACAUCUUCGCCUGAGCUGGAGUUUGAGCACUUUGACCAUAUUGAGCCCGGUCUGUCCUCUUACGGUGCCGAUGCCUUGGGCGCUGCUAACUCUCUCCGUCCUCUUCUUGACAAGGCCAUGCAGAUCAUCCCUCCAUCGUUGCAACGAUGUGCCCCUCUUUCUUUGAAGGCUACUGCAGGGCUCCGCUUGCUGGGUCCUGAGCAGAGUGAUGUGAUUAUCAAGUCGGUACGUGCGUUGAUUGAAGACCACUAUCCCUUCCCUAUCGCUGAUGGCGUCUCGGUUGAUGGCAGUCCCAGCACCCGUGGCGUAGAAAUUAUGAAUGGACGUGAAGAAGGCGUGUUUGCUUGGAUUACUGUGAAUUACCUGAUGAACUUAAUCGGCUCGGACAAGAAGAAAAAGACGGCGGCUGUCCUGGACUUGGGCGGUGGAUCGACCCAAAUUGUCUUUGAGCCGCAGCUGCAAGGUAUGGCGCCCAUGCACCCUGGCGACCAUGUAUACGAACUGCGGGACUUUGAAAAUGCUACAUUCACUUUAUACCAAAACUCCUAUCUUGGCUAUGGCCUCAAGACAGCACGCCAAUCGACCAACUCUCUCGCAGCUUUCAUGCAUUUCCAGUCUCACCAAGGCUCUUCACUCCCAUCAUGGGACAUGUUCACGCCGUCCAAUACCUUUAUUCCAAGCCCCUGCUAUGCAACUGGCAUGCAAAAGACCGCCAAAGUCUCGAAUGGGCCGGCCGGUUGGCGUGAAGUUACGAUGAUGGGAACACAUGGCGGCUUCCGUGCCUGCCAGCGCUUUGUCGAAGUCAUGAUGGACAAGGACGCCGAGUGCCACUUGGCGCCCUGUUCUUUUGCAGGCGUCUACCAGCCGUCGCUAUCUGAAGCGUUCAAGGAUGCGGAUAUCAUCGCCCUUUCGUACUUCUACGAUCGCAUUACCCCGCUGGGUCUGGGUCCCAAGUUCACAGUGAAGGAAUUGGGCCAGCUUGCGGAGCGAGUCUGUGCGCCGCCCAGCCAAUGGAGUCUGCUCAAGCCCGCCUUCUCCCGCGAAGCGCUUGCAGAGCUUCAGCAACGUGCAGACUACUGCCUGGAUUUGACAUAUAUGCACUCGCUCCUUCGUCUCGGCUACGAGUUGGACGAAUCACAUCAGCGACUUUGA